AUGAGGCGACAGGAGUUCACUGAAUUAGGGAAGUCUUCCAAUUUGCAAAAUGCACAAAACGACGCAUUUAUGAACUGUGUUUUAAUCGUUGGAGAGUACGCGUAUUUAGAGCGGCCGACUCGACAAAUUAUUGCAUUGACGGGAUUUGGACGGCUCUCGUGCAAAUCCCAAUGUGGGGACGAGGUGCGCACAGAUCUCUAG